AUAUUUUAUUUAGAAUAUGUAUAGUGUAAAUAAAACUACUUAAUUACUUAUCACCUCAAUAAGCCAAACUCAGUGCAGCCAUCAUCUCAAAUAAAUAAAAUUAAUAAAUCAAUAAACUGACUUUAAAAUGAAUUAAUAAAAUAAAUUAAAAAAAACUUAAAAAUCAUGGCACACAAUAACUCCAAUAUACCAACGGAACCUGAUAUAAUUCUCUCCCCCACAGAAAAAAACAACAGAAGUUCACAAGAGAAGCCUGAUACUCUGCAAAACAGUACUAAUUUGCACAUAACAAAUAAAAACACCGUUGCAAGAAAUACAGCUAAGGUCUCAUAUGAAAAUCAGUUUUCAUAUUUACAAUUAUUCAAGUAUUCAACGACUUUUGAACGUUUUUUGCUAGCUAUUGCCAUUGUGUUCGCUUCACUUGCUUCAAUAUCUGUAUUAUAUUGUUUAGUAAUAUAUGGAGAAUUCACAUCAUUACUAAUAGAUCGUUCAGUCGGAAAUGGUUCCUCGUCCUCAACUAUUUUUUUACAAGUUUUUGGAGGCGGCACCAAAUUAACAAAUGCCACCAGAGAAGAAAACCUACAAGUCAUUAAAGAUGAUGCUUUAGCAUUUGGAAUAGCUAGCUUGAUUGGAGCGUUAUCAGAAUGGUUGCUUCUAGCUGUUGCAGUUGAUCUUUUCAAUCAUGUAGCUUUGAAACAAAUUACUAAAAUACGUAAACUCUUUUUGGAAGCUAUCCUCAGUCAAGAUAUGUCUUGGUAUGACACAAGCUCGGGAAAUAAUUUUGCAAGUAAAUUAACAGAAGAUCUGGAUAAGAUGAGAGAAGGCAUGGGAGAGAAGAUUGGCAUUUUUAUUUUUCUAAUGAUGACUUUUAUAACUGGAAUUAUCACUUCCUUCUUCUAUGGCUGGGAAAUGACUUUAGUCGUUUUAAGUUGCAGUCCUCUUCUAAUAAUCUCCAUCGUUAUGGUUACCAUAAUUCAAAGUUCUCUCACAAAAAAGGAAAUAAAAUCAUAUUCUGCUGCUGGAAGCAUAGCUGAGGAAGUGUUCUCUGGUAUUCGUACUGUAUUGGCCUUUAGUGGUGAACAAAAAGAAACUCAACGGUUUAGUAAAUUACUUAUUCCUGCUGAGAUCAUAGGACGUAAAAAGGGCCUUUAUUUCGGUAUAAGUGCAGGAAUAAUGUGGCUUAAUUUUCAUUGCUGUUACGCUCUUUCUUUAUGGUAUGGUGCAAAACUUAUACUUACUGAACGUGAUGAAGAAGUUGACCACUACACUCCGGGUAUCUUGGUUAUUAUUGUUUUUAACAUAUUAGAAGGUUCUCGAUAUUUUGGAAUCGCUUCACAUCAUUUAGAGACUUUCAUUGCAGCCAAAGAAUCUGCACAAAAUAUAUUCGCAACUAUAAAAAGCAAAUCAUCCAUAGAUUCUCUAAAUGAGAACGGAGCAACGCCUUCAAAUAUUGUUGGAAAUAUUUCUUUUGACAACAUUUGUUUUCGUUACCCCGCACGUCAAGAUGUGGAAAUUCUAAACAGUUUCUCAUUAGACAUUAAAGCCGGUCAAACUGUUGCAUUGGUUGGAACUUCAGGAUGUGGCAAAUCAACUGUAUUACAAUUAAUACAACGUUUUUAUGAUCCCCUAAAUGGAACAGUUCGAUUAGAUGGUAUAAAUAUAAAAGAUUUAAAUGUGGGUUGGUUACGUUCCCAAAUUGGUGUGGUUGGUCAAGAACCUGUUCUAUUUGCAACAACAAUUGAGGAGAAUAUUCGUUAUGGUAAUCUAUCCGCAAGCGUAGAAGAUAUACAGAAAGCUGCUCGUAUGGCAAAUUGUCAUGAUUUUAUAAGUAAAUUACCAAAUGGUUAUGAUACAAUGGUUGGAGAGAAAGGUGCUCAAUUGUCUGGUGGACAAAAACAACGUAUUGCUAUUGCACGUGCUCUUGUACGUAAUCCAAAAAUUUUACUUUUGGAUGAAGCCACUUCAGCACUUGAUUCCUCAUCUGAAAAAAAAGUUCAGGAUGCUUUAGAAGUAGCUAGUAAAAAUCGAACGACAUUAAUAGUAUCACAUCGUUUAUCGACAAUUACUAAGGCCAAUCUUAUUGUAUUUAUUAAGGGUGGUGUUGUUGUCGAACAGGGAACGCACGAGAAUCUGAUGAAGAGAAAAGGAUAUUACUUUCAACUUGUAAAUAUAACUAAACGGAAAGAGGAAUUAGAAUCUGGCUCAACAGAUUCUACUAUGACGCAUUUAAUUCCAGCGAAGCAAUUAAUUGCGGUAGCAGAGAACAAAAAUGAAAACAACUUGAAUGAGGAAUCUGAACCAAAUAACGUGUCGAGAGCAAAAAAGACGUCAAAAUUGAAAACGGAACCGGUUGAAAAGAGCGGAAUUUCGUUCAAACAAAUAAUGAAACUUAAUGCACCGGAAUGGCGUUUUCUAUUGACCGGCAGUGCAGGAGCAAUUAUGCAUGGAGCUUCUCUUCCAUGUUGGGGUCUACUUUUUGGUGAAUUUUUUGGAAUUAUAUCCAAAGAGGAUUCAGAUUUUGUGCAAUCCCAAAUUCUUCAACUUUCUUAUAAGUUCAUUGUGCUUGGCAUAAUUGCGGGUCUAGGAAUAUUAAUACAAAAUUACAUGUUCAAUAUCGCGGGAGUAAAGAUGACAUCUCGUCUUCGUAAAACCGCUUUCAAAACAAUUAUUAGUCAAGAAACUGCAUACUUCGAUGAUCAAAGUAAUUCUGUGGGUGCAUUGUGUGCUCGAUUAGCAAGUGAUUGUUCAAAUAUUCAAGGUGCUACUGGAGCAAGAAUUGGAAUUAUCGUUCAAGCACUAUCAACUCUCAGUAUCAGUGUUAUUGUAUCUUUAUUUUACUCAUGGAACUUAACUUUAGUCACAAUCUUUACCGUACCUGUUGUUUGCUUGUCAAUUGUUUUUGAGUCACGUUUCAUGGAAUCAUAUGCUCUUGCUGAAAAACUUGCCAUCGAAAAUGCUUCACAAGUAGCAGUGGAAGCUGUUUCAAAUAUACGUACUGUCGCCAGUUUAGGAUUGGAAAGAAAUGUACUGAGUCGUUACAAUGAACAAAUUGAUCAUGCUGCUAUAGUUUAUCGCAAAAAAUUUAGAUUUCGAGGUAUGUUAUUUGGUAUGGGGCAAGCAUCACCAUAUUUAGCUUAUGGAGUAUCAUUGUAUUACGGAGGAUUGUUAGUUGCUAAUAAAGGCUUACAAUAUGAAAAUGUUAUUAAAGUCUCAGAAGCGUUACUAUUCGGUUUGUGGAUUUUAGGAUAUGCUUUAGCAUAUUCACCAAACGUAAGUGCAGGUAUUCUAUCUGCAGAAAACAUAUUGAAACUAUUUAACAGAUCGCCGGCAAUACAAAUCGUAGAAAAACAAACUAUUAACGCCACUGAAAAAACAGAUGGUGAUAUUACAUACAAAGACAUUAACUUUCAAUAUCCAACAAGAAAAGAUAUACAAAUAUUGCAAAAUCUCAACUUGGAUAUUAAACGUGGGACCACAGUAGCAUUAGUAGGACCUUCUGGAUCUGGUAAAUCGACAUGCGUACAACUUUUACUUCGUUAUUAUGAUCCAAAUAGUGGUUCAGUCAAUAUAAAUGGUAUACCAACUACAGAAUUUUCAAUGGAUACUUUGCGUUCAAGCUUAGGUCUAGUAUCACAAGAACCUGUAUUAUUCGAUCGAACAAUUGCAGAAAAUAUUGCUUAUGGAAAUAACUUUCGUGAUGAUAUUCCUAUGACUGAGAUAAUGGAAGUUGCGAAGAAAGCAAAUAUACAUAAUUUCAUUGUUUCCUUACCUCAAGGUUAUAGCACUUCCUUAGGUAGUAAAGGCACACAAUUAUCUGGUGGUCAAAAACAACGAAUUGCCAUUGCAAGAGCUUUAUUAAGAAAUCCAAAAAUACUUAUUUUGGAUGAAGCCACAUCUGCUUUAGAUUUAGAAAGUGAAAGAAUGGUUCAGGAAGCUUUGGAUGCUGCAUGCAGUGGUAGGACUUGUAUUACUAUAGCACAUCGUCUGACAACAAUACGAGAUGCAAACAUGAUAUAUGUUUUAAAUAAAGGACUGGUAGUAGAAAAAGGAACACAUAACGAACUUAUGGCCUUGAAUGGUGUCUAUGCCAAACUUUAUGUAAUGCAACAGGUUUCAUAUAGAAAAAACUUAAAAAUCAUGGCACACAAUAACUCCAAUAUACCAACGGAACCUGAUAUAAUUCUCUCCCCCACAGAAAAAAACAACAGAAGUUCGCGGGAGAAACCUAGUACUCUGCAAAACAGUACUAAUUUGCACACAACAAAUAAAAACAUCGUUGAAAAAAAUACAACUAAGGUUCCACAUGAAAAACAGUUUUCAUACUUACAAUUAUUUAAGUAUUCAACGACUUUUGAACGCUUCUUGGUAGCCGGCGGCGUGGUCUCUGCUUCACUCGCUUCAAUAUGCGUAUUAUUUUGUUUAGUAAUAUAUGGAGAAUUGACAUCAUUACUAAUAGAUCGUUCAGUCGGAAUUGGUACUUCCUCCCCUACCAUAUUUCUGCAACUUUUUGGAGGCGGUACUAAAUUAACAAAUGCCACUAGAGAAGAAAAUCUACAGGCUAUUAGAGAUGAUGCUUUAGCAUUUGGAUUAGCUAGCUUGGUUGGAGCUUUAUUACAAUGGUUACUUCUAGCUGUUGCAGUUGAUCUCUUCAAUCACGUAGCUUUAAAACAAAUCACUAAAAUACGUAAACUCUUUUUGGAUUCAAUGCUUCGUCAAGAUAUGUCUUGGUAUGACACAAGCUCGGGAAACAAUUUUGCAAGCAAAUUAACAGAAGAUCUAGAUAAGAUGAGAGAAGGCAUGGGUGAGAAGAUUGGUAUUUUUAUUUUUCUAAUGAUGACUUUUAUAACUGGAAUUAUCACUUCCUUCUUCUAUGGCUGGGAAAUGACUUUAGUCGUUUUAAGUUGCAGUCCUCUUCUAAUAAUCUCCACAGUUAUGGUCACCAUAAUUCAAAGUUCUAUCACAAAAAAGGAAAUAAAAUCAUAUUCUGCGGCUGGAAGCGUAGCUGAAGAAGUAUUCUCUGGUAUUCGUACUGUAUUGGCCUUUAGUGGUGAACAAAAAGAAACUCAACGGUUUAGUAAAUUACUUAUUCCUGCUGAGAUCAUAGGUCAUAAAAAGGGUCUCUAUUCUGGUAUAAGUGCAGGAAUAAUGUGGCUUAAUUUUCAUUGCUUUUACGCUCUUUCUUUCUGGUAUGGUGCAAAACUUAUACUUGCUGAACGUGAUGAACAAAUUAAACACUACACUCCUGGUAUCUUGGUUAUUAUUGUUUUUAACACAUUAGAAGGUUCUCGAUAUUUUGGAAUCGCCUCACAACAUCUAGAGACUUUCAUUGCAGCCAAAGAAUCUGCACAAAAUAUUUUCUCAACUAUGGAACGUAGAUCAGCUAUAGAUUUUUUAGACGAAAAAUGUUUAAGGCCUUCAAAUAUUGUUGGAAACAUAUCAUUUGAUAACAUUAGUUUUCGUUACCCCGCACGUCAAGAUAUGGAGGUUCUAAAAAGCUUUUCAUUAGACAUUAAAGCUGGUCAAACUGUUGCAUUGGUUGGAACUUCAGGAUGUGGCAAAUCAACUGUAUUACAAUUAAUACAACGUUUUUAUGAUCCCCUAAAUGGAACAGUUCGAUUAGAUGGUAUAAAUAUAAAAGAUUUAAAUGUGGGUUGGUUACGUUCCCAAAUUGGUGUGGUUGGUCAAGAACCUGUUCUAUUUGCAACAACAAUUGAGGAGAAUAUUCGUUAUGGUAAUCUAUCCGCAAGCGUAGAAGAUAUACAGAAAGCUGCUCGUAUGGCAAAUUGUCAUGAUUUUAUAAGUAAAUUACCAAAUGGUUAUGAUACAAUGGUUGGAGAGAAAGGUGCUCAAUUGUCUGGUGGACAAAAACAACGUAUUGCUAUUGCACGUGCUCUUGUACGUAAUCCAAAAAUUUUACUUUUGGAUGAAGCCACUUCAGCACUUGAUUCCUCAUCUGAAAAAAAAGUUCAGGAUGCUUUAGAAGUAGCUAGUAAAAAUCGAACCACAUUAAUAGUAUCACAUCGUUUAUCGACAAUUACUAAGACCAAUCUUAUUGUAUUUAUUAAGGGUGGUGUUGUUGUCGAACAGGGAACGCACGAGAAUCUGAUGAAGAGAAAAGGAUAUUACUUUCAACUUGUAAAUAUAACUAAACGGAAAGAGGAAUUAGAAUCUGGCUCAACAGAUUCUACUAUGACGCAUUUAAUUCCAGCGAAGCAAUUAAUUGCGGUAGCAGAGAACAAAAAUGAAAACAACUUGAAUGAGGAAUCUGAACCAAAUAACGUGUCGAGAGCAAAAAAGACGUCAAAAUUGAAAACGGAACCGGUUGAAAAGAGCGGAAUUUCGUUCAAACAAAUAAUGAAACUUAAUGCACCGGAAUGGAGUUUUCUAUUGACCGGCAGUGCAGGAGCAAUUAUGCAUGGAGCUACUUUUCCAUAUUGGGGAAUACUUUUUGGUGAAUUUUUUGGAAUUAUAUCCAAAGAAGAUUCAGAUAUAGUUCAAUCCCAAAUUUUUCAACUUUCUUAUAAGUUUAUUUUGCUUGGCAUAAUUGCGGGUUUGGGAAUAUUAAUACAAACUUACAUGUUCAAUAUCGCGGGAGUAAAGAUGACAUCUCGUCUUCGCAAAACCGCUUUCAAAACAAUUAUUAGUCAAGAAACUGCAUACUUCGAUGAUCAAAGUAAUUCUGUGGGUGCAUUGUGUGCUCGAUUAGCAAGUGAUUGUUCAAAUAUUCAAGGUGCUACUGGAGCAAGAAUUGGAAUUAUCGUUCAAGCACUAUCAACUCUCACUAUCAGUGUUAUUGUAUCUUUAUUUUACUCAUGGAACUUAACUUUAGUCACAAUCUUUACCGUACCUGUUGUUUGCUUGUCAAUUGUUUUUGAGUCACGUUUCAUGGAAUCAUAUGCUCUUGCUGAAAAACUUGCCAUCGAAAAUGCUUCACAAGUAGCAGUUGAAGCGAUUUCAAAUAUACGUACUGUCGCCAGUUUGGGAUUGGAAAGAAAUGUGAUGCAUUGUUACAAUGAACAAAUCGAUCGUGCUGGUGCACUUUGUCGCAAUAAAGUUAGAUUUCGGGGUACAUUAUUUGGUAUGGGACAAGCAUCACCUUUUUUAGCUUAUGGAGUAUCAUUAUAUUACGGAGGAUUGUUAGUUGCUAAUGAAGGCUUACAAUAUGAAAACGUUAUUAAAGUAUCAGAAGCAUUACUAUUCGGUUCAUGGAUGUUGGGAUAUGCCUUAGCAUAUUCACCAAACGUAAGUGCAGGUAUUCUAUCUGCAGAAAACAUAUUGAAACUAUUUAACAGAUCGCCUGCAACACAAAUAUUAAAAUACCAAACUUUUAACGCAACUGAGAAAACAGAUGGUGAUAUUAUAUACAAAGACAUUAACUUUCAAUAUCCCACAAGAAAAGGCAUACAAAUAUUACAAAAUCUCAACUUGGAUAUUAAACGUGGGACCACGGUAGCAUUGGUAGGAUCAUCUGGAUCUGGUAAAUCGACAUGCAUACAACUUUUACUUCGUUAUUAUGAUCCAAAUAGUGGUUCAAUCAAUAUAAAUGGUAUACCAACUACAGAAUUUUCAAUGAAUACUUUGCGUUCAAGUUUAGGUCUAGUAUCACAAGAACCUGUAUUAUUCGAUAGAACAAUUGCAGAGAAUAUUGCUUAUGGAAAUAACUUCCGUGAUGAUAUUCCUAUGACUGAGAUAAUGGAAGCUGCGAAGAAAGCAAAUAUACAUAAUUUCAUUGUUUCCUUACCUCAAGGUUAUAGUACUUCCUUGGGCAGUAAGGGCACACAAUUAUCUGGUGGUCAAAAACAACGAAUUGCCAUUGCAAGAGCUUUGUUAAGAAAUCCAAAAAUACUUAUUUUGGAUGAAGCCACAUCUGCUUUAGAUUUAGAAAGUGAAAGAAUGGUUCAAGAAGCUUUGGAUGCUGCACGCAGUGGUAGGACUUGUAUUACUAUAGCACAUCGUCUGACAACAGUACGAGAUGCAAACAUGAUAUAUGUUUUAAAUAAAGGACUGGUAAUAGAAAAAGGAACACAUGAUGAACUUAUGGCGUUGAAUGUUGUCUAUGCCAAACUUUAUGCAUUGCAACAGGUCUCAUAGCAUAUUUUAAAUAUUAUAUAUCAUUACAUAUCAUUAUACUUUUCAAGUGUCGACAAAUCUAUACUAUUCGCCCCCAGUUAUUAUGAUAUAGCUGCCGUUGUUAAACAAAUAAUUUAAAUCAGAAAUACAAGUACAACAAAUUGUUUUGAAUUAGUUAACUGCAUUGAAUAGUAAUAUUAAUAUUACUGUUAAUCAAGGAAUUGAUAGACUUUUGACAAAUACUAAAUCAAAAAAUUGAAUUAUGACUAAAUUCUAUAUAUACUAUAAAGCAUUAAUGUUUUUAAAAUAAAUUUUGUGUUCGGAGAACUCUUUAAUGAGUCUGCAUGUAAACUUCACCACAAUGGCGCCUUAUUCUUCACUUAGUGUUGCUACUACUCAAAGCUGGCUUAUCAAUUAAUUUAUAUUGUAUUAUAUUUAUUAUUGUAUUUAUAUAUAUAUGACAUAUGUAGCCCUGUUUGACAUCAUAUAAAAUUUUAUCUAAACAUUCCAUUAGGGCAUUUAUUAAACAUACACAAUAUGAUCAUAUCUGAGAUAUGUGUACCAUAUUCAUACAUUUUUUUAUAUUUUUAUUGCUUAUAUUUU